UGUGAUCAUUACUAGUCUAGGGUUAAUGUGAGAAGUUGACGCUGAUCUCAAGUUACCGUCGGUUAUGGAGAAUUCGUAACUACCGAAUUACGAUCAAUUGGGCGUGAAAGGACAUUCGACAACGUAGAAAAGCAUUGACUGGACAAGUUAACGUUGUAACAGUCAAUCUAUUGACCAGUAUAGCGGUGGUUCGAUGGGGAUAAAUCACACCGAACACGGUCACGUGGAAGGCGCGUAUUUGAUCUCCGCUACCGCGUUUCUUGUUUGCUGCAGGCGGCGUGUCACUGGCAUGUAGUCACCUUAAAUACGCGCACACCCGAUUUCCCGUCCUUCUUCCCAACAUCCUUCGUCAAUUAUCAAUCAUGGAAUCAGCUACACUCUCCAGGACGUCCUCGUUGGCCAGCAUAUCUUCCACAGAUGAUACUGCGCGUCGUACGCGCAAACGCUUUUCCACUGUUCAGCUUAUGAUGCUGGAACAGCUUUUCCAUCGGACAUCCCACCCUACGCGAGAGGAGCGCGAAGCCGUUGCGAACACAGCAGGAAUGGAAAUAAAGUCUGUCACCAUAUGGUUCCAAAACAAACGACAGACGGAGCGCAAAGUGGCCCUCCACAAUGCGACAAACGUAUCCAAUGAUGACGACCCUUCCUCUCCAUUAUUCGCGCAUGGACAUGCUUCUUCGUCACGUCACGUCCAUUCCCGAUCAGUUUCUUUUUCAAGCUUGCAUACUCCACGGAGACGGAUAACGCCUCCUCGCCCGCGUCCCUCCCUUGAUCGUGUCGCGGCACGUUCCGAAUCACGUCUCCAACCACCCCGCACACCUACGAAGCCUCAUAAUCCACACGCAUCACUAUGGGACAAUAUGCCCUCAUCUCCACUGGCACCUGCCAGCCCUCCUACGCGCGACUUGAUAGACUUCAUGGGCAGCGGGCGCACCCUUGAAUGGGCGUGUGCUGCGGCACGCCUAUCCGGAAGACGUAAAGAAGACGAAGCAGGUGCUGAAACGGAAGACGAAGAAAUGGAAGCUGUUACGCCGGAAGGGAGCUUAGGAGCUGGAGAUGACGCCUGGAAUAAGAAAACUGCAUUUCCCGUCCAGAAGCGCGGGCACGUGGCUCGGAACCUGAAGUUUGCGCCCGUGGUAGUAAACGGAAGAAAAAGUGCGAUCCAGGACGACGAUAUGAUGCGAGCUGCGCUGGUCUUGUGUGGACUGGGAAAGCGCAGCUUAUUAUCUGCACAUACCCUACAUUUCCAAAAUUGCAUCUUCACAUUUGUUAUCAUGUUGUAUAUAUCAUAUUUUGUACGUUCUUCGGGAGGACUCCGUUAUGAUUGAGCCAACGCUGAUGAUUUCAUGGCGAGUCCUAGUCAUCGAUCAAUCAAAUCAGGGGGAAGGCAUGUUGUUGGACUCUACCCUCCUGAUUUGAUUGUGCAAAUCAUCUUGACGCGCUCCAAAGUUGCGGGAUGUUUAGGAGAAGUAAUUAAGUGAAGCAACAUGUACAGGGGAACGAUAGUGAUGAAUCGUGUUUGUGCUCG